AACACCUUUCAUUAUAAUCAGUUAAUUUGGAGCAACCAGCUGGCUUACAACCCCUAUCAAGGCACAACUGGAUUUGACGACGAAGAGACCAUGUUACCAUCUUACUGGGAAACAAAGUUCUCCAGGAUCUGUCUGGGUAUGAAGAACGGCGGAGAAACCAACUUCAUCGCCGUCAAUGUGACAGCAUCCUCCCUAUACUCUCUAAUCGCUGAUGGGAAAUACCGCCCAACCUCACUGGGCCGAGACAAAGGGAAGUCGCUGCUUCGUUCAAGAGCCUCACUGCAAUAUAACUGUAACCGAGAGGGAUUUAACACAUUGUGUGGGUGGUCUGGUGCCUUUCAACCCAGGGCUCGAAUCGGUAUCCUUAGUAACGAACAAAAUAACUGUCACUCCUGUGAUUCCAGGAUCGGCUUUGGUACUGGAGGCCAUCCUGAUUUCUCGAACUCAUGUGGAAACGUGGCAAAGCACAGAGCAGAUAGUGGAGAUAAAAACAUCAAGACUAUGGGCUACAUUCUUGUACAAUAA